CGAUCCAAUUUUUUUACCGCUCCGCCGCCGUCUCAGUUUGUCGGCCACGGUAUUUUUGUUAUUGAAAUACUAUUAAUUCCCGAGCGUGUUGUUUCAUUUUUCGCCCGAUUAACGACAACGAUGACGACAUCCCUACACGAUAAACGUGUAGCGAUCGUCAUACUGCAGUACAAUUGUUACUGUUGGACUUCGGACGUCGUGUCGUCCCGUUUCAAACGCGUGUUUAAUUGGUGAUUGUUGUUAUUGUUGUUAACAACACCGACACGCGGCGGCCGUCCGGGUUCGCGUAAUCGUCGAUUGCCGCAGUGCGCAAUAAAUUACAGCGUCUAAUAAUCGCCAUUAAUUAAGUGUUCACGCGUAACGCGUUCGUUUUCCCUUCUUUCCGCUGUGCCGUUCGUUUGUUUUGUUUAUUUCUGUUCGCCGUCCCACGUAAGUCGUGGGCAGUGGGGAACUACGCGCAACCAGUCCGCCCGAAUCGCACGCACAGCCCCCCCCCCGUCCCCACCGCGUUCGGUCGCGUAAAACCGUAUAAAUAUUUCCGCUCGUCGGUGAACGAGCACCAGUGUCAAUCGACGGUUGUUCAUAGUCGCGGACCGCCACGAGUGCAAAGGUAUUCUUCAAGUCGUGUGUUUUCGUUGUAUGGAGCGUGAGAAAAAAAUACUAGAAGUAGAAGGGCCUGUUGGCGCUGCAGAAGACAGCUGCUACAGGGAUGAAUCCAGCUACAUACCAACGGUCGGUAGAUGGGGAAACGAAUGGCCGAGUUGACUCGAAACCCGGCCUUCUCCUGACAACCACAACAAUGACGACGAGUAUACAUUUUGGCUGAACUAUGGCCAGAAGGCGGCCGACUGGCCCAUUGGUCAGCCCGUGCCCUUGCCGAAAUGGGGUAGUUCAAGGCCACCUCUUACGGUCAGCUCAAUCGAGGAAUAUGAAGAGCUGACCAGACAAUUUGAGAAUGAAGUACAGGUUUUACUUCAGGCAUAUAAUUAUGAUUCAACAACAAACUUCAUCAAAUUUUAUAAUGAAUACAAAAAUGGAAAAUGUGAUACCUUGGAGAACUUCUUUAGGGAAUAUAAACCACCAUUAACUAAAAACGCAAAUACCUGUGUUGGACUUGGUUUAUUAUUGAUUGGAAAAUUAGCAUUGUUGGAAAACAAAUUUCCUGGUGUUAAAAACAGUCUUUAUUUAGUAUCUUGCGAGGAAUCUAUAGAGAGUCAUGAGGGAUACAUAAGUAAUGACUACCCAGACCCAUGGGUAAGUGAUAAAGAACAUGUUAUGGUUGCCAUGCAAAUUGAAAUCAACGGUCGUGGUGGUGUGAUAUUGCUGGAUCCAGGUUAUCAAAUUGGUAGAGUCAUAACUGUAAUGAUUGAUCAACAAUAUCCUCAUACUGGUCGUUUUGUACCAUCAUCUUGUCCACAAAAAGAGUACUGUUAUCAAACAAUGGUGGGUGAAAAGUAUGUGCAAUGGUCUGUUUGGAAUGGAUCACCAAAACCAGAAACCAACCUGGUAUAUAUAGGGGCGUCUUAUCAUUCACCGGUGUCUGUCACCGAACGUCGAAAUUUAGUUUACAACUUUAGAAGCUUAUUGGCCACUGAUAGAAAAGGUCAUUUGUUGGCUGGUGUCUAUUUCAAAGCAGCACCUCAAUCCACAUUUACAUUGUUUUGCGAUGAUGACCAGGAUUCAACAAUUAAACACCGAAUUAAAGUUCCAUCUGCUAAAUUUAUUAUAUUAAAUGAAGUCGAUAACGAUGUCGAGAAGAUAUUAGAUACAUGUAGUAAACAUCUUAAGAUGACUAAGGUUCAGUUUUGUAAUGUAUUAUCUGCACUAGCAAAAAUAUUAGAAGACAAAGAUUUUCUCGAUCAAAUGUGCAAAAUUAAUGAUGAUAUAUACAAACUUGGAGUUGAUGAAAAUAACAAUAAUGAAGGCGCUAAUAAUUAUAAUUUAUCCGGUUAAUUUAGAAUUCACAAUUUUUUUUAAAUAUUAUUUUUCUUUUACAUAUUUUACUAAAUUAUAAUUUUCAUAAGUGGUAUUAGAUAGAAUAUUUUCUAGUUAAAUAUUAUGCAGUUAUUUUUUUUCAUUAUAUUAUUAUUUAAGAACUAGACAUUUUAGUUGUACUUAUGGACAUGGAUAAAUGAUUAACAUGGAUUAUUUGAUGUGAAAAUAAAUAAUUUUUUUUGUUUGAACAAA